GCUCUUUUCACCUCGCAGGCAGGUGAACACUGAGCCAUGCUCACGAUGCUUGCACCCUGGCCAGGGAGAAGGCUGGCGGACAAAGGAAUUCUACAUUGUGGUCUCUUUAUGGUAAUCUACACAACACAGGUCAUGAGCUCCGUGCUGGAUGAGCUGAUUUAUAAACAUGCUGAAUAUCAGGAGAACUGUACCCGAACUCUGAAAGCCACUCUCCCUACUGGAACUGGAAUAUUCUGCAAUGGAUCAUUUGACGUUUUUGCCUGUUGGCCACAUUCAUCUCCUGGGAUAGUAUCUGUACCUUGUCCUCCCUAUUUACCAUGGAUCAGAGAAGGUGCUCCUGGAAAUGUGUACAAGGAAUGCACAAUGAAUGGGACCUGGAAAACCGAGGAGAACUCCAACAAUGAAUGGAGAAAUCAGUCUGAGUGUGAACACCCUCAUUUUUUCAAGUCCGAGGAAGACGAAGUAUUCCGGCAGUCUGUGUUGAGGGUCCUGUCCAUAGUAGGAUAUUCGCUGUCUUUUUCUUCCCUUUCCUUGGCUGUUCUUAUAAUGAGUCUCCUGAGGAAGCUUCACUGUACCAGGAACUAUAUCCACAUGAAUCUCUUUGUAUCAUUCAUAUUUAGAGCAACGGCAGUAAUUACCAAAGAAAUCGUACUACAGAUUAUGUAUUCUAACCUACCCAGUGACGAAAUUGGAUGGAACAGCUACACAAACUCUGUGAUUUCUUUGAUCUGCAAGGCCUCAAAAGUGUCCAUGGAAUAUUUUGUGGGGUGUAAUUACUUCUGGCUUUUGGUGGAGGCAAUAUUCCUGCACACUCUUCUGUUUACUGCAGUGCUGGCCAGGACUAGACUUCUGAAGAGAUACAUGAUUAUUGGAUGGGGCACUCCAUUAUUAUUUGUGAUUCCAUGGACAGUAGUCAAAGCUUUGUAUGAAAAUGAAGGCUGUUGGUCGAAUAAAAUCAGAUGGAUCUGGUGGAUAAUCAGAGGUCCAAUAACAUUAUCAGUGAUUGUAAUUUUUUGCAUUUUUCUCAAAAUCAUCAAACUCUUGCUAUCAAAGCUAAAGGCUGACCAGGUGAAGUUCACCGACUACAGAUACAGUUUAGCCAGAGCGACACUUGUGUUGAUUCCUCUGCUUGGGGUCCAUGAGAUUGUCUUUACUAUAAUUAUAGACGAAUCGGUCGAAGGAAGCAGCCGCUAUGCUCGACACUUCGUCCAUCUAACCCUGAGCUCUUUCCAUGGUCUAUUAGUUGCAGUGCUGUACUGCUUUGCUAAUGGAGAGGUCCAGGCGGAGCUGAAGAAGAGGUGGCAGUUGUUUCUAGUUGAAAACCACUUUGAGGUGCACAACUGCUUUGCAGACAUACACCCCAAAUAUUUGUGGAAGUGCUCACAAAAGAACCCCAGACAAGCGACGGAACAAAGUGAAUCCAAUGAGGAAGGAAACCACGUCCCCACUCAGGAACAUGCAUUCCAAGUGACUGUCCAAUCAGCAGAAGAUGUGACAUGUGGGCGGAGCAAAGGCCUGGAAUUUUACAUGAGGAAGAGUCUCUCCAGCAGUGACGGGGAAAUGACAUUAGGGGAGACAAUGGAGGAGAUCAUAGAGGAGAGUGAGUUCUAAGAUUGAGCUCACCUGCUUGGAAUUGAUUCAGCCUGGUCUCAUGAACAUUACGUGACCGUGGCAACAUUUUGCAAACAAAAUUACUUGCCUUAUUAUUACACAUUUUGGUGCAGUUUCCCAGUGAAAUGUCCAGCAGGGGGCACCAAAUGCGAGUGAAAUGGUGUCCUAAUCAGAUUAGAUUUUUAAGGUGGAUUUUAGAUGAAGAUUUUAAUAUGUAAAAUGUACCACCCUGACCUAAACCUACCAAUAGUGAUCUAAAAUCAAAUGAGAGGUAGACAAAAAACAGACAUCCUUAGCCUUAACCAACACUAACUGAUAGUGUCUAACUGAUAGUAUCAAAAAGCAAAAUGAGAAAUUAAAUGCACAUUUUCUGAAGCAUCCAUCUUUUCAUAUUGAGUCGCCUCUAUGAUACUCUCGUCUCAUGUGUUAGCUUUUCAUGCUUGACUUGGCUUGAACCACGUACUUCCGAGUGAGUCUAUAAUACAAGCUUUAAAAUGUAUCGUUUUUCAAAUGAUGCGUUAUAGUAAAAGGUUUUCGAUAUCAUAACAUAGUGUGUGAAUAAAUGUGAAAAAUAAGUGUUUAUAAAGUCAUAAUCAGCCAUUGCACUACUACAAUUGCAAAUCUUUUAAAUAAAAUGUGCAAUUGUAUUAGUGCCACUUGUUCAAAUCACCAGGAAAUUCCGACAAAAAGCAGAAUUCGGCACGUAAAAGUCAGUUUGCAAAAAUGUACAUUGUUACCUUAAAGUAGCGUUCAUUCUUCAAGGCUUGGUUGUAUUGAUUUUUGUAUAAAUAUGUAAUUUAAGAUGUAUAUAUCUACACUUGAAUCCCUGUAAAUAGCUUCCAUUUUGUUUUGAUACCUUUUUUGUAUAAUAUACUGUACUGAUAUAAUUGUUUCCAGAAAGGGAGCUCCACAAUCAAGGCUUUGAAAAUUAUUUUGUGAAUUCACCAUAUCUUUUGAAAAUUAAAUAUGAAUUUACUGAAAAUCUACUUUAAUAUAGGGUGCCACAAGCAAUUUCAUCUGACAAAUAUCACUCAGAUAGGUGUCCCAGGAUACAACACCUGUCUCUGUGACAGCUCUACACUCUUCAAACAGCAAAAAAUAUUAGAGGGAGCGGCCCAUGAUAUUUUAGCCAAUUAGAAACACUUUUUGUAAAUAAUUUUGCAUGCAUAAGUUCGCUGACAUCAGCUUAAGUAACGUGUUUGUAGGGCAGGGUUUGGGGAGAGAGCAUAUGUUUGAAGGAAACUGAUGGAAGUUAGAAUGUGACUUCAAUUGUUUGCAGCAACUUUUCAGACAUGCUGAAACUGAAAAACAAUAAAAUACAGAGACAGACCCUUGAUUUAUUUAUUUUACCAAUCAUACUGCUACAAUUCAUACUGAACAGUCAAGUAGAAUACUAAAAUGAAACACAUUGCAUGACAGUUACUUACAGAGUUUUCUUUUUUAAGAGCAAAUGUGUGUGAAGCAUUAAAAGUUGUGGAUUAUUUACAUUGUAUGAGGUUACACACAACACAUGGAUGGUGAUGACGAUAAUAAUUAAAGUCAGUGUGAUAAUGUUUUUGAUUUGCCAAUGGACUGCUUAUAUCAGUGUAUUUAACUGUACUAAAGUGUCUAAAUAUACAGCAUAUCUUAAAGCAAAUGAAAAUUAAAUACAUUCCUGAUGAUGUAACCAUUUUUAACAUUGUGUUACUUUUAAUG